CUGGCCACCUGGAGUCUGGGACAACAGCAGCGAUGGAGGCACCCUGAAGCCCCAUAGCAACUGGGCCGGGAGAGGUGGAAGGCGCUCACACGUGGGGAAAAUUGGGGGUCCUUUCUCCUGCACAUCCUGGAGGAAAGCCUCUUCUUCCCCACCCCCAAGCUGCACACCUGGCUAGACAGCUAGGAAUUUCAGCAGGAACAAACUUGGCACCCUUGUGGCUUCAUGAAUGUCUGAUCCAGGCAGCUGCACGCUGCAGAUUCACAGGGCUGGUGCAGAGAACUUUGCUGCCACGGCUGAUCUUGGAGGUACCCUGCUGGAGCAGACACUGGUCAGAAGUCGACCUGAUAAAAUGCCACCCUGCCCACCCCAGCAGGGAUGGGCUCGGAGUGCCUUCCUCCCUUUGUAUAACCCCCUGGCAGGGGGGGAAGCUUGCUCACAGGGGGAAAUGGAGUUAACCUGGCAAGAGAUUCUCUCAAUCUCAGAAUUGCAGGGUCUUGAUAUGCCAGCUGAGAGUUGCUAUGAUCCAGCUUUAUGUGGUCAUUCCCAACAGAUGGUACCACCUCCUAGCUAUGGGCCAUGCACAGGGACGGGAGAUAGUUCGGUUUCCAAUUACAAUCACCCUGCUCCAGCAUAUGAGCAUUCCUACCCAGAAACUCUGCCUGCUUCUUGUACGCUUUACAGCUACACUGGCAUGCUGAUCUCUUCCUCUCUUGAGCCUCCAGGACCUGCUACGCUAGGCGGAUAUAAAGGGGUACCAGGGAUGAUGUUGGGGAGAGAGCUAACUAGUGGCUAUGGACCACAGGGACCUUGCAAGCUCCAAGAAGAUCUGGAAUCAGACUCUGGAUUAUCUCUUAAUUACAGUGAUGCAGAGUCACUGGAAGCUGAGGGACUGGAGUGGGCAGAAUAUCCAUCCCUCUAUCCUUUGGACCAUACUCCAGCAUACCCUCUAUUGGCCCCUGUCCCAGAGAUGCCCUUUCCCGACCACCACCCAGAACAUUCUUUGGAAAAAGGGCGGAGCCCACGGGGAGAAUUAGCUGGUAGCAGGGAUGAACGUCGGGCUCUAGCCAUGAAAAUCCCCUUCCCUGUUGAAAAAAUCAUCAACCUGCCAGUGGAUGACUUCAAUGAGCUGCUGUCACGCUUCCCACUGAGUGAGCCUCAGCUGGCACUAAUCCGGGAUAUCCGCCGCCGUGGCAAGAAUAAAGUGGCAGCUCAAAAUUGUCGCAAGCGCAAACUAGAGACAUUGGUGCACCUGGAGCAGGAGCUGGAUGAACUAAGUCGUGAGCGACAGCGCUUGUUACAGGACCGUGGAGAAUUUAACAGGAGUCUGACACUGACCAAGCAGAAGCUGGGAGCCCUCUACCACCAAGUCUUUUGCAUGUUGCGGGAUGAAGCUGGCAAUGCCUACUCUCCUGAGGAGUAUGUGCUGCAGCUCACGGUUGAUGGCGGUGUCUUCCUUGUUCCACGCAACAAGCAGUCAGAAAGUACCAAUGGCUGAACUGAACAAGCUGUGGUGGAAACUGGGGAGAUGGAAUGGAGUCAGUUGACCCUCACAAACACCUCUCUUGGGAUCUGAGGCUACCCAAAUGUUAACAUUUGAAACAGCAGGCAGAAUAGCAACCUGAAUAUCACUAUUCAUUCAAAACUGGGUGUCUUUGAACUUAAUAGCAUUCAAAUUACACAGAACUAUUUUUCAUUUUGUUAGGAGAAAAACAGGGUUUAAUGAAUACAGUACCUAGAAUCUCAAAGUCCACGCAUACAGCCUCCUAAAACGUAGAACUAGCCAGUGUGGCCAAUUGUGAAGGAUGAUGAAUUAUAAUCCCAACAAUAUUUGGAAGACUGCUUAUUUUGUAAUCUUCAACCCUUUGCUUACUUUGGUAGUUUGAGCCAGUUGGCUUCAUCCUUGUAUACAAUAUAUAAGGCACUUCCUAAUGAAAUGGAGUAUGCUCAGAUUAUGGCUUUAAAACAUUUCCCAACCUACUGGAUUACAAUUUCCGCUAUCCAGAGCGAGCAUGAAAAAGCCUACUAUAAAUUAACUGUACAUCCCUUUCUACACAUUUCCAGAAUGUUGAAUUAAAAAUUUUUAAAAACGGAAGUAGAACUCUGCUAAAUCCUAGUUAAGGCUAUACUGCAUAGAGACAUUGGAAAAUACUGUUUGUAUUCAGAACUGUAUGAUCUAAGUGUGUUUCCCAUUUUCUUUAAUCUUGUCAUACAUUUUCAAAUCUGCUGUUCCUUUUCACAGCACUUGCUAAGGCCAUUUCCACUGUACAUCAGUCAAAAAAGAAUUGGCAGCAAAGGGUUUAAAAGAUUUAUUAUUUUUAAAGGCUACCGAAAAGGCAGAAGGAAUCUGUGUACUUCUAGGAGCUUACCACAUUAUCCCAGCAAUUAGAAUAAAUGAUGCAAUCUUAGAAAAGAACCAAAACACGUACUCUCUAUAUUUCCAGCAUGGAUUAGCAAAUUCUAAGAUUAUCAAAUUGCAUAGGGAAUCUAGUAGCACCUUUUCAAACUAACAAAUUUUAUAAAAAGGCACAAGCUUUCAUGAGCUGUAGCUCACAAAAGUAUAUGCCUUUUUAAAUGUUAGCCUGAAAAAGUGCUAUCAGACUGAUUUUUGGCUAUCAUAUGGUACUUUCUCCACAUUGCCUCAGUACAUAACAUUGACAUUUUUUAACUUGUGAGCUGAAUGCAAUGUGAAACUUGUUGCAGAAGUUGUCCUAAUGUCCAUCCCACAAAACCUUGUUUUUAAUUCACAUUCUGACUCUUCAGUUAUAAACAUGGAUGCCAAAACAAUCAAUAAGAUGUCUUUGAACAAAAUCUAUACAUGUGGAUAGUCAUCUAGAUCUAGUUUCUAGCUUUGUAAACACAAUAGGAUCUCUGCUGCAUGUAGUAUUCUCUGGGUACAGCUAAUGAUCUGAAGAGUUGUAUGUGUCCAUUGUCACAAAUAGAUCACUUUCUGGUCAGCUUUACAAAUGGCUGGUUAAAAUGUGACUCAGGCAUCUGAUGGAUCCCAGAAACUAUGAUAUGUACUUGCAAAGCUUUUUAUGUCUGUUGAUGUUCUGUUCAUCAUGGCUGUCCUAUGGACAAAAAAAAAAAAAGGCCUCCAAGAUACUUGACUGUCAUUCCUAAGUGCCCUUUUUCCUCAGAGCCAAACCAGCCUGUUGAUUUACCAAGGAGUUCAGCCUGCUAUGGAAAGGAUGGGAUGACAGCUAGAAGGCAAGGGAAGAAUAUAUUGGCAAAUAUAUUGAAUACUGAGAAAUGACAAAACGAAGUUGAUAAAAACUGAUAUUGUAAAGACAAAGCCAGAAUCAGAUUACUUUCUUAUUAGCUGCAGAGGGAACAUAAAUCAUAUACUGUAGAAAAAUUACUCAAGAGUAAAUAUUGUUACAAAAGAAAACUACACAUAAAACAACCAGAUUAAUUACAGUACCAAAAUCCCUGUGUGUUAAAUUGCCUGUAAUACUCCAUGACUAAAAUACUGUCAUCUGGUGAAAAAUCUGUCCUUUUGUCUGAGGGUGGUAGUACAACAUAGUAUGAAGAUAAGAAGUGGUUUCAAAAUGCCAAAGGAAACUUGAUACUGUGUUUGCUGGUCUCUUGGGUCAGAAGCAAUAGAGAUCAAGAAAUAAGCCUGUUUUGCUCCCUCCUUUGCUGCAGAGGUCUGCAAAUGGGCUUUUAUCUCUGUUCACUGUCGUUUUAGAUUUUGGUGGAGCCAAGAUUUGAGGUCAUUGAGGAAGACAAAGCUAUUGCUUUAAGAAAACCUUGUCCCUCCUAUUAAAUGGAAGGGACUGUCCCCAAGGUUUUGAGAGGAUUGUACCUCCUGGUUGAUGGGAUGGACUCCUGUGUUUAAAAGAAACAAUUUUAAGACCUCCACCAAACUCUCCUCACUAGGCGAUCCAUGUAAUUAUAGCCCAAAUAUUCAAUUUCUGCAAAAGAUGAUUUCAAACUCCAGAUGCACACAGAUGUUACUGUUUACUCCACUCGAGUUUUGGCUAGGCUGUGGCAUAAUGCUUUGGUGACAGCUUUUAACAGGAAUUAGAAAGCCCUGUUUUGCAGUGGUUCUGGUUGGUCUAUCUUGACUACUAGAAAAGGCAUGUUUGCAUAAAAUGUAAAGGUGGUACAAAUGCAUAGAUUUGCUUUACCAGUUCAACUAUAAUACCUAGAAGUAUUUGGCAAGUUACAUAUCCCCUAUAUAAUAAACUCCAGGCCAACUGGUUAGGAAAGUAUUAGUGCCAGAAACUCAGCUGAAUGACAAGCCAAAGAACUUGAUUUUGAAUGAUAUAGUUUGGGUAUUGAGACAGCUCAGGGCAUUUGCUUUUUUUUAAUUGCUGUUCUGCAUAAAUGAGGGCUAGUCAUCAGAUGUAGGGGAAAAUAGCAUCUACAACGGAUAUGAGUGGUCGAUGCAGCCCUCCAGCAUCCUUUUGUGCUUUGCCAAGAAGAUAGGGCUUUUGUGGUCUGCUAAGAAAACUUGUCAUUUGGGGGAAAAGGAGUUAAAAUGGGUCAAGCCUCACAGAGAAUUAAGGCACUCAUUUCCUCAACCUUGUUUUUCAGAUCCUGUCCCUAUUUUUGGAUUAUGACCCUUAGCAUGCCACGCAAACCCUGGCACUUGACCCAACAGAAGUUACACGCACUGAUCUACAAUGAAAGGAUCUUUCUCCAAAACGUUAAGGGCAAGAAUUACUGUUCUCACGUUCCCUAGGUCACUAUCAGGCAGCUGUGUGCAGCUCACGGUUUAAUGAAGGCCAUACUCCCAAUUUCUUGCAUUUCUAUAUCAUUUUAGGGAAGCUAAUUUACAAGGACAUAUAGGUAAAAAUGGCUGGAUUUCACAUAGUUUAGAAAAUGUUUCUGAAAAUAUCCAUUAGUUUGUCUCUCAGACUAAUGCUGAUUUGUUAUUAUAGAAGUUUAUCCAUUCUUCUUUAAGAAGCAUAUUCUAACAUCUUAUUAGAAGAGAU